AUGGUAUCAAAAACAGGAUGUACAUAUGAGCAAGCCGAACAAUUUUUAAUAGCAACCCAAUGGAGACUUCAGGCAGCUAUUGAAUUAUUUUUCAAUGAACGAACAAUACCAAUUCCAUGUUGCAAAUUUUCAGAAUUAUUGGUUCCAGCUAAUACUCCAGUAACUCCACCAAAUUUUCCUGAAACUCUUCUUUCAUUUGGAAAAUUAUCAACUUCAGAAAAUCUUCCAAAUGAUAAUCAAAUAAAAUCAACAACAUAUUAA